GCAGGGCUUGGGAGGGGAAAUGAAGAGAACAGGUGUUGCGAGAGCGGCAAGGACUUACUGUCAGUGUUACUAAAUCGCUCCUUGGCAUGUUGCCCGCUCUGAGGUAUUAGACAAAGCCCUUUUCAGGAAUCAUGAUAUGUAACCUAUGAAGUGAUGUCCAUCCAGAAACAGCAUCGUUCCGGAUUCAAAACGAUGGCUUUUCUACAGAUAAAAGGACAUCGUUGAAGAUUUAUUGUACCGGAUAUGUCAUCCUUUUGCUGACAGCACAGCUUUAAAUUCUGUGAACGUGCGUUACUCAGCACCUACAGAAAUAGACCUGCGUUGGAUGUAUUAAUACUUUUAUUCUAAACUGCGUAGAGCUCGAGGGUGACGGAAGUAAUCUGGUGGAGGUACAAGUAGCCGCAACAAGAAGUCCUGGCUGGGGACAUGUCAUGUGGUCUGUCAUAGCUGUUCUUACGAUAACUGAGUGAGGAAGACCUUGUCUCGGGACACAGUGCAAGGCAGUUCGUCCGCAGGGUUGUCCGUCGGGAGAUUUCUUCGGGGACUCUGGUUUCCCCUCCCUCUCCAUCAUCCCUCGCUCCUCCUAGUGAUGUAAACACUUUCCUCACAAACUAACCAACUAGCCACGUGUUUUGAUGCAGAUGAUGAGACUACUGUGUUGGUCUGAUAACAAAGCUACUUUGAUUCCCCAUGCGUCUAGAUGUCACAGACGGACGACAGGAAGCGACUGUAGGCCAGUGUGUCGCGUCACCAGAGUAGCGUGACGCUAGACUCGCCGCACGUCUCCGCAGGUCUUGUGUGAACACAAAGACAGACACGAAUUGGUCCGGCAACAAGGACAACCCUACCCAAGCAGUUCGUGGUCUGACCGAGAAACAGGUCGUUGCUGUUUAUUUCCAAGCACGCUGAACUCAUGACUGUGGGCCGAUCCCUUUGUUGUCUGCAUGAUCUGCUUGUAUCGCAGACGAUAUUGCACAAUCCAGAGAGGGAAUAUGUAUAUAAAUGGACAAGUGUUGGGAAACUAGUGGCGUGAGACAUUAAUCCAUUUAUCAGAAAUGAUUGUCUUCCAGUACUGUGCACCCGGCCAUCAAAUGCCAACAACUAAAAUGCUGCAGACUGCUGAAGAUGCUCAGAUACCACAUAUCGUAAGCAAACAGCUUCAUCAUCACUACCUCCCAAAAUAUCGUUCAAAACAAUCUUAUCAGCUGCCACAUGGUGAGACUGAUGAUGGCCAAAGCAUCAGCAGUCUUUUGGAUUCUGAAUCCGUUUAUGUGCCCCUAACCACAGGCACCCCAGCAAAAGCAGGUGCUGUGUCUGACCCUUGCCAGCCCUGUGUUCAUGGUAGUACCGCUUCUCAGACAUUACCUACACAUACCAGUUUUAUUGAGGACAGCACGCAGACUGACAACAAACUUACCCAACAAGAACAACAUCAAGUGUCUCCACUAAAGACAGAGGGCAAUAAGGACAAGUUUCAUCCUACAUUUUCUGUCUACCUUCCACACUGCUCAUUAGUGAAGCCUCAUCACCAUACACAGCAUCAAACUCUUGCUACAGCAUCCAGUGAGGACUAUGACAUGAAUUUAGGCUCGUUUUCCAGGGUCAUUCCUGACCCUGAGUUUGAAUCAGCACCUUGUGUCAACCUUAUCCGUGAAGUGGCAGACCACAGAAGAUUAUCAAAAGAACAAAAAAUGCGAGAAAAUGCCUCACCUAUCCCUCUUUCCCAUUCUGGACAAUCAGCUGCAAAAUCUAGCAGAAUGAGAGUGAAAAGACUGGACUCAAAUCGACAAGCAGAGCUGAGUAAACUGGUGAAGUGUCAGCAGAAUGCUGAUCGUUCGGGCCAACGUCAAGAUCGACACGCUAUUGCACCAAACCAAACCAGAAUCUGGGGACAAGAAGGCCACAGGGCUGCCACUGUCAUUCAGGCCAUGUGGCGUGGCUACAGAGCUCGGGAGUACAACAUGCAUGUCAUUUCAGUGAGAAAGGAGAUUCGUGCUAGGAGAGCAGAAGACCACAUAGUUCUCUUAAGGGCUGAGCUAGACAGACUCAAGAAACUCUACCAUGAAGAGAAACGACUUCGGACUCUUCAGAUGGAAGCAAUUCGACGAUUGUAUAAUGAGGUUCAGCAGCUCAAGUCACAAAUGCAGAAUCCCCAAAAUGGCUGUACAAACAAGUUAGGCCAGCCAUCUACCUUAGACAGUUUUGAAGUCACAGGUAUGCAGCAGUCUGGUAUGGUUUCUGUUGGACCUGGCUGUGGUACAGGGCUUUACUUCAUUGACUUGCAACGUACUGCUGAACUAGAACGCAAAUGUGCCACUCUUCAGAGCCAGGUUUCACAGUUGCAGGAAGUUUUGCAGUCUAUGAGCUUAACCAGACAUGAGGGUCUUGAUCAUAGCUCCCACUGUACAGCUGACACAGAGCUUGUCCAUACUGUGCAUGUAAUGGAGUACAUAUUGGAUGACCAUAGUCAGCCAGCCUCUAUAGAUACACAUGGAUCUUCUUGUCACUGGAGCAGUAUUCCCCACUCUCUCUCACCUUACCCUUCAGAGGAAGAAGAACUGUACUUUCGCCAAGUUCCUCAUGAUGGAGCACCCACCCGUCCCCGCAAUCUCAGCCUACGACAUCAGGGAGAGCACUCUGUGGUGUUACACUGGCUACCUUCACAAGUAUUACAGCAGUCUUCUGUAUAUCUCAAAUCACCUAUCACAGGUUACAAAAUCUACAUCAAUGACCGGCUUAAAGGGGAGAUGAGUGGGAGGAAAACUUGUGCACUGGUAACAGGCUUGAACACCAGUGAAACGUAUAAAUUCUAUGUAAAGGGUGUGUCUAACGAAGAAGAGUCUUUUGCAAGCAACAUUGUGAUGGCAAGGCUGGCGCGUGGACAGCCUAUUGCUGUGAGCAGUGACAGUGACAUGCCAUCAGACAGUGAUAAAGAUGAAGAUUCUGUAGAAGGACAAGACAAGCGAAGGCUACGUAAGCGAGACAGCCGAAAACAUCGUAAAGUGCGCUCUCCUCGCUCAGAGAAGAAACUUCCAAAGUCCAGCUUGGAGAAAACCUUAGUAGAGGAGGAACUUGCAGCUAACCCCACAGAAAAUCAAAAGACUUGUGACAUUCUUACCCAGCCCAAGGUACACAAACACAGGCGAACAAACAGCAAAGAGCAAGGGGAGCUGUCUUGCUUGCCAAAAGCCUCAGGUGUUCAAGUGAUAAGUUCACAGGCAUCAUCCGGCCCACACACAAGAGAGAUAGCCAGAACUAGUUCUGCAGCUAGCCAGUCAAGUUCUGCAGCUAGCCAGUCAAGUUCUCCACGACAUCAUCCUUCCAGUCCUGUGGGAGGUGAGGGGAAGUGGAAAGCUCAUACAGGGAGUUCAGGGCACUUGGAGCGAAGGUCAAGUGAGAGAGGGACACAAGGCAGUGAUCACAAACGAGAUCUUCCUGUACCACCUAUGACCACUGGCACCCAAAGCUCACUGACUGAGACUUUCACUGUCGACAGAAUGAAGUCUUUCCUCCACAAGCUUGGACUUCCAUUGACAGAUAUACAAGCCAGCACUACAGAAGGAAGAGCUACCCCAGAAAGUUGUAGCAUUAAAGGUCAUCACUAUAAGGGUAGCAGAGAGCCCACGUCACCUAUACAUGAUAUGACAGGUGUUCAUCCUGAAUCCCCAAAGGACAAAACAAGUCCUGACAAAUGUCAGAUGGACUUGAAAUCUACUGAAGAAGGUAACAGUGUGCAUGCCAGCCAUCAGACACCUAGUCUAGAGUCAGUCACGGCUCAUCUGGUAGAAGAAGUUCACAAAGAAGACAUGACACCAACUUCAGUCAGUAGAACAGAAGGAUCGUCUGUUGGCAACAAGGACAGGGAGCGAUGCAGCACACCUGUUUUAGAUGGGCGCCGACGUAGCCGCCCUACCAGUCCAAUGGUGUCUGAAGGUGCAGGAGUAGAUCAGCGAGAUGUAGAGGUUUCAGUCCCAGAUCGCAGGCGCAUACCUACAGCAGAACUUUUGGAGCAGAGACUUAGUGCCUUUAAAAAAUCAUCAUCGCUUACAAGCAUGCCUGAGCAUGAACAUGAGGAGAUGGACAAUAAAGCUGCAGCUCACAACAGCAAACGCUCACCCACUUCUGACUCACUCCAUGACAGUAGCCAGGAGGAUGGUUCAAGUCGGGUCUCCACCCAUCAACGCACGCACUCGUUUGGAUCAGAAGCUGAUUUGACCACAGCCAAAAGUGGGAGAAAGGAAGCAGGCAUUGCAUCCCUGCUGGCUAAACUGCAAGUUAUAACCCACAGCCAAGAGGCCAGCCGAAGGGAAACAGGCACUCGUUUGCGUAGACGCUCUAAUGAGGAAGACGAAAAACACAAGGGCACUGGCCGCACUCGCCACAUUAGUGAGUCUGACAAUGACAUGUCAUCAGAUGCUGGCAGUAGUCUCCCUCCUCGUGCUCCCAUUAGCGACAGUUCAUCAGGCAGUCACUCUGAUGAUGGCAAAGUUCUCCAUACUUACCAUCGCACUCAUAGAAGGAGUCCCUCGGACCAACAGCGCCAGGUGUCUUGCUCUGACACCAUGAACAGUCUGCCAGUGCACAGCCCCAUCAUCAUGGAGGGUCGCAAACAAAAUACAAAUGUUCGGCGUAAUGCCUCAUUUCAUGCACUUCCAUCUCGACCAGCAGACAGCAAUCUUGCCAGCCAGUGCACCGAGGCCAGUGCCUCUCGAUCUGCAGACAACAGUCAGUGUGCUGAGGAGAUAACAGCUCCCAUGACUUCUAGCCAAAUGGAUGAUGGUGGAUCUACUGGUAGGGUGCCCAGUCCACAGGAAUCGCUGGGCAAUCCACGAUGUAGUAUACGUUCUCGUUCUCCAAGUCCCAAUCGUAAUCGUCAGCCUGUCCUUUCUGCUGCUCAGUUGAAAAGACAAGGGGAAACAACUGGGAAAUCAUCUUCUUAAACCCCUGUGCGCACACAGCACCAAGUGACAUUCAGCUUUGCGGUGCAAAAUCUUUCUAAUCAGAAUUGUCAAUCAUCUUUGCUUACUUGGACUUCAAAAGUACAUGGCACUCUGAAUACAGACAGCACUAAAUGGUUCUGUGAAUACAGAGUUGUAAAAUUCAGAGUUUAUGAAUGUCUCAACCUCCUGCCUUAAGACUAGCAUGACUUUUGCCUGUAAAAUUUUAGGGUCUGUACAGAAUUAGUAUACAUCAAACAACACUUGCUAUUUGCAGCUGGUAAAAAUGCUGAGCAUAGCAUGUAAGAAUGACUGUAUUGCAUUGUAUCAUUUGUUGCAUCCUGACAAUAAGACAGUGGUGAUGAUGUCAACACUACCAGUGUUAAUAAUGAUGAAAAUCAACAGUUUCUGUGGUGAGUGUAAAGAUUGCAGAUUGAAGAUCUUAAACUGAGCAAUAAUGUCUACACAUCUAGUACAGAUGUGAGAGGUCUUGUAUUUCUGGGUAUGCUGGGAAUACAGAGAGCACAAAACUGGAAUAUUUGAGUGCUCCACGUCUCUCAUGUGUAUCUACUUCUGCUUGAAACAUGGGACCAUGUGAUUAGUGGUACUUUAAAAUCAUUAAGCUUGGAGUAAAAUAAUGAAGAAGUCCAUGUGCCAUAAAUUCUAGGUCCAAUGUCAGCUUCUCGUUUUUAAGGAAUGGUUUUCUCUUUACUUUGUCUGCUGAUUAGCUCAUUCGUUUAAAUGUGCUGAAAUUUUUUUUUAAGAUGCUUAAUGAUGACAUGUAGAUGCUGAAGGCCUAUUAGUAUAAUUAGGCUUUUACAGCAAAUAUCAGGAUCAUAGAUGCUAAAAUAAUUAUUUUAAGUUCAACAUAUAACUGUAGUGGAAAAUUCAGUGAGUUUGACUAUUUAUUUAUGAUCCGAAAAAAAAGAAAAAGGUUUGAUUCAUAGGCAGAAGGUAUCUGCUCAGCUGCUAUCAACACUUAAGUAAAAUCUAUCACAAAAUGUUAUUUAAUAGUUUUAUUAUUACCACUUUGUAUUAUUUAGCAGGAAAAAACUGCAAAAAUUAACAUGUUACAACACUGAAAGCCAUUUAUCCAGUGAUUAUUUUUACAUUUAUGUGUUCAAAAUCCCCUUGAAAAAGAACUCAUGUAAGUGACUGUACAUGCAUAAGUCUGUAUUCAUAUCAGACAAUUUAACGCAACAUAAGGUUUUUGGUGAGCAUUGAGGGGAGCUAAUAAACACAAAGACAUCAUUGAAGGGAGAGCUAAUAGUCAACAUCGAGACUGCAUUAAGGGGAGAAAACAAACAUCAAGACCGCAUUGAGGGGAGAAAAUAUAAUGCAAUAUCAAGAGCAGUGAGCGGAGACAGAAAAGUUUUAAAAUCUAAAGUUUCAAAUGUUUUCUGAGUUCCAUUUCCUUGCUAAUUGAUCUUAUGUUUAUCUUGCAAAAACAAAAUUCCUGUAUAUAGUGGUGUAGGAACAAGGGGGCAGCCGCCUGAUCAAAUAAAAAAUAACGAGGAGCCAAGAAUAUGAGUCAUUCACUGUCAGCAUGGAGUUUGCCCCUACAAAGCUGAUUAUCUUCCUACGCCACUGAAAAUGUAUGUGUAGUUCUCUUUAUGCCAUUCCUUAACACACAAGUCAAAUUCUUAACUGCCUUCAGGAUGUAUAAUUCAUGUUUAAUGACAAGCUGAAAUGCUGGUGAUAUUUAUGAAUGUACUGGGUGAUGGUUCUUUUUGAAAAAAAGUAUAAUUUUAAAUAACAUUUGUUCUUUUACUAAUUUCAAUAUGUUCUUUUCUUGUCAUUUUUCAGUUUCUUUAAAAACUGUUUCGAUUUUCAGUCCUUUCAUGGUGGAUUCCAGUUAAAGAUGUGUUCAUGUAAUACUUGUGAUCUCAGGUUUAUUUCUGUGAAACAAAACAACCAUGAAAUAAAAUUUUUCCACUGGUU